AUGGGGGCUAUAAGGUUUUCAUUCUCAGCCGCAAGGCAAGUAUCCUUUCCACAGCGCAGUAACUCAGAUGUCCCUAACUGUGACCUUAAGUCUGACGUGCAAACCUCAAAUGCACAUGGAGCCAGUAUACUAGCUACCGAUUACGACAAUGUCAAUAGCAUCGUCAAGCAACUCGAGACCAACGACGUCGACACCGUCAUCUCCACCUUGGGCUCUACGUUCGGCACAGACUCUGAAAUCGCACUUAUUAAAGCAGCGGAGAGCUCCAAAAAGACUAUACGAUACAUCCCCAGUAUUUGGGGAAUACCCUGUUCGCCAGAAGCUGCGGCCAUUCUCCCCACGAUGAGCGCGAAGAGCGGCUAUCUCGAAAUCCUCGCAAGCACCUCUUUGGAGUACACUGCAGUGUCGAACGGUGUUUUCCUGGACUACUACGGGUUUCCGAAGGUGAAGUCCUAUCUGGGAAAUUUACCUCGUGUAAUCGACAUGGCUGGAAACGCUGCCGCCAUUCCCGGAUCUGGAGAUGUGCCCGUUGUCUUCAGCUAUAGCUUUGACGUGGGGCGUUUUAUCGCUGCAUUGCUAUCAUCUGCCAGGUGGGAGAAAGAAUCGGUCAUCAUCGGCGACAAGAUGACGUGGAAUGAGUUUCUCAUGGUGGCCGAGGAGACAAAGGGUACCAAGUUUGAAUCCAAGCACGACUCGUUAACAGCUUUACAAAAGGGUCGUUCAACAGCACUGCCCAGUCAGAGACAACUGCACCCGUUUUUCCCGCAAGAGAAGCUCGAGCGUAUGUGUGCAAUGUUUGGUGUACUUUUUGAGAACGGCUUCUUCAACUUCAGACAUGAAGGAAGCUUGAACGAGAGGUUUCCACAUAUCGCCACGAAGAGUGUGAAAGUCUUGCUAAAGGAAUCGUGGGCGGACAGUUGA